AUGCAGUCCUUCAGACGUUCCACUGUCUCUGCAUUGCAGAAUGCCGCCCGUGUCCAGCGACGCGGGUACGCAGGCCUUACGGGCUAUGCCUCGACAGUAAAGAACCUCCGCAUCAACGGAGACACCAAGGUCAUUUUCCAAGGAUUCACAGGAAAGCAGGGAACUUUCCACGCCCAGCAAGCCAUUGACUACGGAACCAAUGUUGUCGGCGGUACAAACCCCAAGAAGGCUGGAGAGACUCAUCUCGGUAAACCCGUCUUCGCCAGCGUCGCCGAUGCCGUCAAGGAGACCGGAGCAACUGCCUCUGCUAUAUUCGUCCCACCUUCCGUGGCUGCUCAGAGUAUCGAAGAAUCUAUCGCAGCGGAGAUGCCUCUCGUCGUCUGCAUCACUGAAGGAAUCCCUCAGCAUGACAUGGUCCGCAUCACCGACAUGCUAAAAACGCAAAACAAGACCCGACUUGUCGGACCAAACUGCCCUGGAAUAAUCGCUCCCGGACAAUGCAAAAUCGGUAUCAUGCCCGGUUUCAUCCACAAGAGAGGUCGUAUCGGUAUCGUCUCCCGAUCUGGUACCCUCACCUACGAGGCCGUUAACCAAACCACCCAAGCUGGUCUCGGUCAAUCUCUCGUCGUCGGAAUCGGCGGUGACCCAUUCUCCGGCACCAACUUCAUCGACUGUCUCCGUGUCUUCCUCGAGGACGAGGAGACCGACGGAAUCAUCAUGAUCGGUGAGAUCGGUGGUAGCGCCGAGGAAGACGCCGCCGCUUUCUUGAAGAGCGAGAACACCGCAAACAAGCCUGCCGUCAGCUUCAUUGCCGGUAUCAGCGCUCCACCUGGCCGACGAAUGGGCCACGCUGGUGCCAUUGUCAGCGGAGGCAAGGGCGGAGCCGACUCUAAGAUCGCUGCUCUCCAGGAUGCCGGUGUCAUUGUUGAGCGAAGCCCGGCAUCGCUUGGAAAGACCCUCCUCGCCGAGUUCGUCAAGAGAGAUCUUGUCUAA